CUCUAAGAAUGCUGCUAAAGUACCAACUCCUGGAAAAGCUUAUCCUUGGGAUUAAAUACUGAUUCUACUAUGUAUAUAAAAAUUAUAGAGUGCUGAAAUUAUAAUAUUUGCUUAUUUAAUCAUUAUUAUUGGUUAUUUGUCGUUGCAUUUGUCGUAUAAAACGUUUAAUUUUUGUGGAAUUUUUUUUUAUAAAAAAAAUGAUCUAGGAAACGCGUAUAAUGGUGCAUAAUGUCCUUUUUGGUAAGGAUUCGCCUACUAUACCUGUCUCUCUUUUUCUCAAACAAUAAGCCUACGAUUUGUUCCAAACACUAUAUAGUUGUCUCUUGUUAGUAUACGCAUCAUAGCAGUGAAUUUUUGUAUUAUACGUUAUGAGUUCUUUUGUUGUUCCUUAAUUUAACGUGAUUUUAAGGCAUUUAUCAAGUAAAGUUGUCGAGUAAACAACAGUGAAUAGGUGCAAGAAAAAUAAACAGAAGAAAAACAAGCGAAAAAUUUUGCCAAAAAAAAUCAGUUUUCCCGAAUAGAGAUACCUAACCUCAAUCUCUACUGACAAGCCCUAAAAUAAAAUUAAAGAAGAAGAAAGCCUUAACAUCAAUUGCGCGUUCUUUUCCUGGCACUCUCGCGUAGUUAUCGUGUGUUUUGUGUGCAAUAAGGCCCCCAAAGUGGCGUCCACAGACUUCCCAGAGUGCGUUGAACACAAUGCAGUGUAGUAUGUGACAAGAGGAUUGAUGUGAAAAAAGGCACACGCUCGGAUACAUUGCAGCAAGCCACGAUUUUGAAAAGUGAGGACGGAGAAGGAGAGGAAGGGAUUUGGCCAUUGGAUUUCAUUUAUGAGAAAUGUAUAACAAAAUGAAUGGUUAUGCCCCAUUUAGGUCGAGUUCCGGACGGAUGUGGGGAAUGUCCCAUUCGCUGCCCUCAGGAAUGGAUACGGAUUUCUCGCUCAUGUACAACACACGACGAGGCGGGAUGAAUUUUCCGGCUAGCAGUACGUUCGGCGCUGCCGGACACGCAUCAUCAUCGAGUACCAGCUCACUGUCUGGUGUUGCGGGCACGAAUCUCAUUAUCAAUUACUUACCUCAGGAUAUGUCUGAGAGAGAAUUGUACUCACUGUUCUCCACGAUGGGCCCCAUUGAGAGUUGCAAAAUUAUGCGAGACAUGAAGACUGGAUAUAGCUACGGCUUCGGAUUUAUCAAUUACAACUCGGAAGAGGCGGCUACCAGGGCGAUUAAAUGCCUCAAUGGUUUAAAUGUGCGAAAUAAACGUCUGAAGGUUUCAUAUGCCAGACCAUCGGGUGAUGAUAUAAAGGAAACAAAUCUAUAUGUCACGAAUCUUCCACGCACCAUUACUGAAGAGAUGCUAGACGUAAUUUUCGGUAAAUACGGAACCAUUGUACAAAAGAACAUACUUAGGGAUAAAAUAACUGGACAACCUCGUGGUGUUGCAUUUGUACGAUAUAAUAAGCGAGAGGAGGCCCAAGAAGCAAUAUCUGCCCUAAAUAAUGUGAUUCCACAAGGUGGCAAUCAACCCCUGACGGUUCGUGUUGCUGAGGAGCAUGGCAAGGCGAAGGGUUCUCAGUACUUGCCAACGUAUAACUCCGUGAUGCACAGAGGAUUCGAUGGUUUGUACUGUAGGAAAAAAUCGUAUCCCUACCCUUAUUGAGAAGGAUUCACUACUAGUUCUAGAAUUAUCUUUAUUUUAAUAUAAAAAAAUUAAUAAAUGAACGAAUAUAUUAGUUGAAUAGUGAAAAAACUUCAUCCACAUUAAAUAAAAAAAAAUGAAAAGAAGUAAGAAUACGAUAAGAAAAAAAAGGAAGAAAUGCAAAGGAGCUACAGCAAGAUGUAUUUUUUUCUCAUGUGUAAAUAAAUAAUUGACUUAAGAAUAUAUAUUACUUUAAGGAUGAAGGUUAUCUUAAGUUUAAUGUCUCAUUGUGUGUGUAUAAAAUGGAACUAAUUGUGUGUUUAUUUUGUAAUAAAUUGCAUUAGUUUAAAAAAAUAUAUAUUCAUACAUUUAUGGAUGACAGACCUAAAAAAAUUAUUCACACUGAAAAAAAAAUCAUAACAAUUUUACUGAAAGGUUUACGCAAAAAAAACAUUAAAUUCGAUUUAUAUAGAAAAAAAAACUAUAUAUUGUUAUUGAAACAGGAUGCUAAAUUUAAAGAUAAAAAUUAUUAUAUAAAUAUAAAUAAAUAACUAUACACAAUCUAAAACAAAAAAAAUAACAAACGGAAAAGAGAGUCCAAAGGAUGAAGGAACAAAUCAUACACAAAAUAGUUGUAAAAUAAAGAGAUACAAGAAAUUCAACACAAAAAAACACAAAUCCACAAAAAUAGCUAAAAAACAAUGAAAUUCAUCAAUAUCAGAUACAUAUUGCAAAAAGAAGCCUGACAGAAAGUUUAAAUUAUAGUGAUAAAUAGUGGCGAAAUUUGUUUAAUCACUACUCUAAAUGAUAAAGUUUCAUGAAUAAAAGGAUAUAAUGGUACAUCGAUCUCAUUAAUAAAAUUAUUAGGCUAUAUACAAUUAAAUUGUAUAUUUUAUGAAGGAGCGAAGAUUUAUCAUUUUUCCCGUUCUUAUCGUAAAAAAAAUACCAAGCAUACGUCAUGACAUUGCCUCUCAUUUAUACCGAUGGGUAGGUACUUUCAAUUUUACUUUUUGCUUAAAACUUGUUAAGGUCUAGUUUGGGAACUUUAGUGAAAAUUCAAGAUGUAGGUACAAAUAAAAUGAUCGUUUAUGUAACUGCACGUUGGGAAAAAGGUAUUUUUUUUACGUUAAAUUGAAUGUAAAACCCUAAUGACCUUUAUUUUUCUCUCUCAAACUUUAUGGGUGUAAAAUAAAAUUUGGUAAAAAGAAAUAUUAGAUUUUCCAUUCAUUUCGUGACUCCUCAAUUUUAAAAUUACAUUGAGUUGAUUAAAGUUUUAAAACUUGGAAAAAAAACCAAAAACUCUACUUUUUUCUUUUUUCAUCUAAAGCAAAAAUUUUCCUUUUGCAAUCAUCCUUUUUUUCUUUACAUAAAAUUCCCCAUCUAAAUGAGGCAAAAGUAUUUAGAAUGUCGUCGUGCGAAAGAAAUCUUCUCAAAUUAACAUUUAAAAGAUAAAAUCCGUAAAUGAAAAAUAAGAUUAUCUCCCAGUACCUUAAAUAAUAUUGAUCCUUUCUCUGAUUAGAUUUACCUAUUAAAAAAAUGAUAAACAUGUAUUCGAAAAAAAGCGUUGUGUAGUUGCAGAUUAUAUAUUAUAUUAUACAUAUAAAAAAGAAAGAAAUGAGAUAAGAGUUGAAUUUAUUGUUAAUAGGUAUAGAUUUUGAGGAUAAAAUGGAUAAAAAAAGUAAUGUGAAAAAUGGAAAAACUAUAUAUAUUACAACGUGAAAAAUCAGAGUAUAUAUUAUGAUGAAUUAUACCUACAAUAUAAAGGCUUUGAUAAGUUCCGAACAACAA